AUGAGUGUACAGUACCAGACCUUCACGCCCCCUCAUCUCUUGAACAACAACCGCCGCUCUCCUACCCGUAACCGUACGUCCACUCACUGUUGUCAACAACUCAACUCCAUGUCAGCUACUGACUUGAACCCUUUCGCAGUUUUCUCCCCUUCGUCCGCAAUGACUGGCCGCAAGCGGAAAGCCGAGGACGAUGGCAGCGCUGGAGACGACGACCGUAUGAGUGCAUCGCCAUCCACAUCCCCCGCCGUACUCCCACGACCCGCGCCGCGAGGCAUGAAGCGCAUGCGAACCAACAUCUCAGGCCGACCGCUUCCCCUGCCUCGCCUCCUUGAGACCCUCAGCCCCGACGAGAUGCGCAACCUCCUGCAAUCCAUCUGUCAGCGCCACCCUGACAUCGGCAACGAGGUCGUCACAACCGCGCCGCGGCCAAGCAUACAGUCGACGUUGGAGGUUUUGUCAAAGUACGAGGCGGCGUUCCAAGCGGCGUUCCCCUUCGGCGGCCGUGCAUCGUCAGACUACGCAUACAACCGGGUGCGGCAACAGCUUGACGAAUUGCUCGACUCCCUCAAGGACUUCACACCUCACUUUCUCCCACCGCACGAACAACAACCCGCUACAUCACUCGCCUUUCUUGAUGGCGCCACCGACAUAAUCCAUCGUCUACCCAACUGGGACACGUACCAACACAACCGACACAAGCAGGAGGCGUACGAGGAGAUGGCAAAGGCAUGGGCGAUCGUCAUUCAAGAGGCCGCAAAGAAGGCGGGUGGCAUACAGCUCCAGUAUGGCGGCUGGGACCAGAAGAUUGCGAAGCAUAACGAGAUCUCGGGCGGAAAGAUGCAGGAAGCAGUCAACGAGCUACGUGGCGGUCUCGGCUGGAUGGGCGCAGAAACGCCUAACCCUGCAGCAGGCGGGUCCAACGAUGCCAUGUCCAUUCGUCAGCAACUGUUGAGCGGAAACUACGGAACUGGCUCUCCAGCAAGCAUAGGCGCAUGGUAG